GCGCCACGCGCAACCUUUCACCCGACGUUGCUUGACGGCGCAACACGGAAGUGCCAUGGCGGCUGCGGAGGGACCGGGGGGCGGCGGCGGCGCCGGUUUCCAGUCUGCUGCUCACCGGAGGCUGAGGGUCCUCUCGGGCCACCUGCGGAGCGCUCCCGAGACACACCUGUCCGCCAGCCAGUGCCGAGCGCGAACGGGCACGGCGCCGACAACGUCGACGAGCGCUCAGCCGAGCACUUUCCCUAAGAGGCGGCAAGACAUUUUAAAGUGGAAUGGAUGGGGAUACAAUGACUCAAAAUUCAUAUUCAAUAAAAAGGGUCAAGGAGAAUUCACAGGAAAAAGGUACCGGAUAGGUGGAAUUGUGUUUCCUCUUUUGAAAGAAUGGGUGGAAAAAAAUCUUGGAGGAAAUCUGGAACAUAAAAUCACUCCAAGGGCAUCUUUAAAUAUUAGUGAUGUACCUCCCUCCAUUGCAAAUGAAGAAUUUCUCCAGGAUCUCCAAACGUCUAAAAUAUCAUAUUCCCAAGAAGCAGAAGCUAGGGUAUUCAGAGCUCACGGUCAUUGCCUUCAUGAAAUAUUUUUGCUAAGGGAAGGAAUGUUUCAGCGAGUUCCUGAUGUAGUUGUAUGGCCAGAGUGUCAUGAUGAUGUAGUAAAAAUUGUGGAACUAGCCUGCAAGCAUAAUAUUUGUAUUAUACCAUUUGGUGGAGGAACAAGUGUUUCUAGUGCUCUUGAGUGUCCUGCCGAUGAAAAAAGAACAAUUGUUUCACUGGACACCUCCCAAAUGAACAGGAUUCACUGGAUAGAUGAGAAAAAUUUAACUGCUCAUGUUGAAGCUGGCAUUACUGGGCAAGAUUUGGAAAGACAGCUGGGUGAUAGUGGUUACUGUACGGGCCAUGAACCCGAUUCAAUGGAAUUCAGUACCCUUGGAGGAUGGGUGGCAACACGAGCAUCUGGCAUGAAAAAGAAUAUUUAUGGGAACAUUGAGGACCUGGUGGUUCAUAUAAAAAUGGUAACCCCAAGAGGUGUAAUACAAAAAAGCUGUCAAGGACCACGUAUGUCAACAGGACCUGACAUCCAUCAUUUCAUUUUAGGGUCUGAAGGAACCCUUGGAGUGGUAACAGAAGUUACGAUAAAAAUUCGACCAGUUCCUGAAUAUCAAAAAUAUGGCUCUGUAGUAUUUCCAAACUUUGAAAGAGGGGUUGCCUGUUUAAGAGAAGUAGCAAAGCAGCGAUGUGCUCCUGCAUCUAUUCGCCUCAUGGACAAUGAACAGUUUCAGUUUGGACAUGCUCUUAAACCACAGGUUGCUUCCAUUUUUACAUCACUUUUGGAUGGGUUGAAAAAAUUCUACAUCACAAAGUUCAAAGGGUUUGAUCCCCAUCUUUUAUGUGUUGCUACCUUACUUUUUGAAGGAGACAGAGAGAAGGUCCUUCAGCAUGAAAAACAAGUGUAUGAUAUUGCUUCAAAAUUUGGUGGCCUGGCAGCUGGAGAAGACAAUGGGCAGAGAGGGUAUAUGCUAACAUUUGUCAUUGCUUACAUUCGGGACUUGGGCAUGGAUUAUUAUAUAAUAGGAGAAUCAUUUGAGACAUCUGUUCCCUGGGAUAGAGUUCUAGACCUGUGCAGCAAUGUAAAAGAAAGAAUAGUAAAAGAAUGCAAAGAAAAGGGUGUUCAGUUUCCACCUUUUGCUACCUGUCGGGUAACACAGACCUAUGAUGCAGGUGCAUGUGUCUAUUUCUAUUUGGGCUUUAACUACAGAGGAAUAAGUGACCCUAUUCGUGUUUAUGAAGAAAUAGAGAUGGCAGCUAGGGAAGAAAUCCUUGCUAACGGAGGAAGCUUAUCACAUCAUCAUGGAGUGGGCAAGUUACGGAAACAGUGGCUGAAAGAGAGCGUCUCUGAUGUUGGCCUUGGGAUGCUGAAAUCUGUCAAACAGUUUGUGGACCCCAAUAACAUCUUUGGAAAUGGGAACCUUUUGUAAACCUCCUUACUGUCCAAAUCAAAAUUACAAAAAAUAAUGUGUCCCAUGGUUAUCCCAGUAUCUGAACAUAGCAUGGACCCAGCUUCAAAGCUGUUUCCUUCCUCACAUCUUUUAUUUGUUCAGUUAAAAUUAGCACCCAUUUAAUCAUUACAAAUCUUAACAGAAUACUGCUAAACCUUUGACACACAACCAGUCUGAAGUAUACUAAAUUCAGUCCAGUCGAUAACCUGUUUGGAUGCCUUCCCUUCUGCGGUUCAAGAAUGUCCAAGAGUGACACUAAUGUUUUUGUUUUAGGAGUCCCUCUUGAUAGAAAAGCAUGUCUGGGAAGCACAUGAAAAAUGGGAUUAUAUUUUGAUAAAGUAAGCUUGUCUGUUGAAAGGUUAAGCAAAUAGAGAAGGAAUGUCAUGCUGCAGUUUUCAAAAAAUCCAGCAGUUUUGUGGUGGGAAUGCUUUGCUAGUCUCCUCUAUCUGAUAUAAUUGAAAACAUUACUUAAUAGAACUAUUGUCUAAAUUGCAUUUGUAGUAGUACUAAUUAAUACCCUCAACAAAUUUUAAUGACUCAGAAGGUCACACAAUUCUUUUUGGAUAUUGGAAAAUCUGUUACAUAAAAUGUUAAUGGUGUCAUACUUUUGUCCUGCUAGACUGCAUUUCUGUAAAAUGCAGCAAUUCUCAGGCAAAAAAUGCAGGCCUGCUUGUUUUUCCAAAAGCGUAAUACAAAGUUUCGGGUAUUUCAAAACUUCUAAAUUAUCUUUUUUAUUUACUAGGCAUACGAGUAAUCAUUUUUCUGCAUAAAUAAAAUGUCAGACUUCUAAAAAUAUCAGUGAACAUUAGACUGAAAUGUAUAUUAAAACAUAAUUUUAACACCAUUUAUCAAUAUGUUUUGGGGUGAUCAGAGGCUUUUAUGACAUUUCAAUGGUUUAGAAUGUUAAUUUGGUACUGCCUGUCCUUUAGCUAGUUUGUACCCAUGGGCUGGAUCCAGCAUUUCUUUCCUUCCACAGUAGGUGUUCCCUGAGUGAUGUUUUCUCAGAAUGCUCCUCCCGUGAAGUAUGGCGAGUCCCACCUCCCUCUUGCCCCAGAGAGCCCCUGACCUUCCAGAGGGGAUUUUUGGAGUCUCCAGGGGGCUGCAGGGGAAUUCCUUUAUGAUCAGGAGCUUUGCAUAGACAGAAGGAACUCCUCCAUCCAUGGAGACAAAGUCUGGAUCCAUCCCCUGUUUGGUUUUUUAAAAAAUACAUACUUCAAAGUUUAACUAAUUUCAAUGGAAUUAAAUUACUUAAAACAUGAAUUAGGCCCAUACUAACUCAGCAUUCUAAAUCUAUGAAGGUUGCAUAUAUCUUGUUGCAGAAUAGCUUUAAGCAAAAAUAUCUAAAAUGAUGACAUGCAAACUUCUUGUAACUUUCAUUUUGCUGUUUAUAAUGAAUGCAAAGUUUUAAUAUGGUAAUUAAACAUACUACACUGAUCUGACUGCUAAAACCUUAAUUUCUACAUUAAAUUUUAUCCCACUGUGUUUUUACUGGACACCAAUUUAAAGCAGUAUAUGGUCAAAUCUUAAAUGUCCUGAUAUCCUGAAAAGCACCUUUAAAAAUGCACAACAUCACAUCUCAGUGACUCACACUUUGCUGAUCUUAAACCAAAAACAUGACUGCAAUCCAGAUAGCCCCUUUUAAAUUUAACCUGCAUGAGUAAAAGAAAAUUGCAGUGCAUUUAGCAGAAAUAACUCUUUGAGCCAAAGUCUGUGCCCCAGUAAGCAUUAUGGGUAAAAUCCAACUAGUUUCUCUGUGCAGACAGAAGACUUCCAUCAAUGGAAGAGGAAAGGGUCAUAUUUUCCCCUCCAUGCAGAACCUCAUCCAAUCUGCUCUGGAGGGUCCUCCAACCAGGACAGAUUUGGGCAUGGCUCUUUCUGUCAGCAGAGGAAGACUACUUGGAUUCCAUCUUAGCACUCAGCACAUCACCACUUUGUAAUGUUUUGACCAUGUAUGCGGUAUCAUUUAUCAAUACCAAUGUAGUUUCUUACUCAAAUACAGGGAUAUUUCAGUUUUAAAAGAAAUAAGUUGUUUUCAUGUGCCUAAUAAGCACCAAAUCUAGGAACAAAUGUGUGUUUCAGGGAAUAAAAUUGCCUUUUUGAUAGCAUCAAAGCAAACGUUGAACUUCCCGGUUGUUUUGCUUGUUCUUACCAAGUUUGUGCUAUCUCCAAAAUGUGUAGGCUCAAUAUGUAUGGUGCUUAAUUUAUUUACUUUACUGAUUGAAUUUUCUUAACCCUUUGUUACUGGAAAUUGCACAGAGAAAUGCCCUCUGGAGAUAUUUUUCAUAAAUUUACUGAUAACAAGGCAUGUUCAAAUCAUGACGUAUAAACUUUGUGUCAUUUUCUGCCCCAUCAAAAGACUGGGGAGUGGGUUGCAAAAGUGGACAGGCUUGAGGAAAAAGACACAAUACAGAUAACUGUGAACAUAUUGUAAAUUGCGUUACUUAUGUCUAUUUUGCUAAACCUUGUUUCUUCUCUUUUCUUUUUUUAAAUGGUUAAAUUGUUCAGAGCACUAACAAGAGCACCUGUAAAACAUGCACAAGCUGAAUGCUAGUUCAAAAAAGUGAGAUGCUCAUUAAAAAUACAAAUUUACCACAAGGAA